AUGCCUCGCCUGGACCCACCAGAGGAUAAGACUAUCACCACGUUGUAUGUUGGUGGCCUGGGCGAUACCAUUACUGAGACUGAUCUAAGAAAUCACUUCUACCAGUUUGGGGAAAUCCGGACGAUCACUGUCGUGCAGAGACAGCAGUGUGCGUUCAUCCAGUUUGCCACGAGGCAGGCUGCAGAGGUGGCUGCAGAGAAGUCCUUUAAUAAGUUGAUUGUCAAUGGCCGCAGACUCAACGUGAAAUGGGGAAGGUCCCAAGCAGCCAGAGGAAAAGAAAAAGAGAAGGACGGAACCACAGACUCCGGAAUCAAGCUUGAGCCUGUUCCAGGACUGCCAGGAGCUCUCCCUCCUCCUCCUGCAGCAGAAGAAGAAGCGUCUGCCAACUACUUCAACCUCCCCCCCAGUGGGCCUCCAGCUGUAGUGAACAUCACGCUGCCCCCGCCUCCUGGUAUUGCCCCGCCCCCUCCCCCAGGUUUUGGGCCACACAUGUUCCACCCAAUGGGACCACUCCCUCCUUUCAUGAGGGCUCCAGGACCAAUCCACUAUCCUUCUCAGGACCCUCAGAGGAUGGGAGCUCAUGCCGGGAAACAUAGCAGUCCCUAG